AUGUACACCGUGGCCGGUGGCAGCGCGUACAAUGGCAGUUACAUCUACUCUCAUCACACUGGAGCCGGUUCCGGCAUCGCUGCCGCAUCUACCAAUGCCUCGUAUGCCAUGACAGCCAACCUCCUGCCACCUGCUGCAAAUGCAACAGACGACGGUUACCAGGUCGGCUUCACUUUUACGGGCAAUCAAUACGGCCCGUGGUACAUGGAUGUGGUCGUGCCCGAUUUCUAUUCCAGCACAUCGCCCGUCACUAUCGGCGGCAGCAACCCUCCUGACACCGAUGGUUACUUUUUCGGUGGUAAUGGGCUGUACUGGAACAGCACAGGCUUCUUUGGCUGGGCCAUCUGCACAGCGAGUUACGACGUUCCGCAGCUCUUCGCCAUCACUAACAACGCUACGAACUUGGCCUGUUCCUGCGUCCCAGUAUACCUCUACAGUGUUCCUGCGCCAAAUCCGGCCUGA